ACCCAGAAUAUGUCGUUGACCAACACAAAGACGGGCUUUUCUGUAAAGGACAUUUUGGACCUUCCUGACACAAAUGACGAAGACGGAUCUAUCACCGGAGCGGAGGAAGACACGGAGGGAUCGGAGACCACGUCCACGACAAAGAACACUGGAGUUUUGGUGCAAAGUCCUCUAGAAAACGUUCAAAAUCUGCCUUUAAAGAACCCCUUUUAUGACAGUAGUGAGAAUCCUUACACACGAUGGCUUGCUACUACGGACAGUAUUCAGUAUUCAUUGCACGGUCUAUCCGCCAGCUCUCAGGACUCGGCCAAGUCCCCGGAGCCGUCCGCGGACGACGAAUCGCCGGACAACGACAAGGAAACUUCCAGCAGCGGCGGCAGCGACUCCGGCAAGAAGCGGAAAAGGAGGGUGUUGUUUUCCAAGGCUCAGACCUACGAGCUGGAGCGCCGCUUCAGGCAGCAGAGGUACCUGUCCGCCCCGGAGAGGGAGCACCUGGCCAGCCUGAUCCGCCUCACCCCGACCCAAGUGAAGAUCUGGUUCCAGAACCACCGGUAUAAGAUGAAGAGAGCCCGGGCCGAGAAAGGUAUGGAAGUGACCCAUCUCCCUUCUCCCAGGCGGGUGGCCGUGCCCGUCUUAGUCAGGGAUGGAAAGCCUUGUCACACUCUUAAAGCUCAGGACUUGGCGGCCACUUUUCAGGCCGGGAUCCCCUUCUCGGCUUAUAGUGCCCAGUCACUCCAACACAUGCAGUAUAACGCGCAGUACAGCGCCGCGGCCACGCCACAGUUCCCAGCACAUCACUUGGUGCAAACGCAACAGUGGACUUGGUGA